GAAAACCCGAAAAUGGCGUAUUGUUUAAUGUCAACAACACAUAGAUCGAAUAUUGCAUGAAAUCUUAUAACAAUUGUUAAGAAUUGCAUCUUUUGUGCUAUCGAUAAUAGAAGUAAUACGUACGAUAUAACUGUGAUACUUGAUUUGAGUGCGUACGAUGAGUGUGUGAUAGGAAAAAAAUUGUUCGGUUGUGAGGUGAGUGUAAAAGGUAAAUCGAAUGGCAUCAUCAGAGUCGGUGUAAAGUUUAGUUUGUGGCAAGUUUUAAAGUGCUCGUAUUAAAAUGGAAUCGGAGACGGAGUUCAAUAGUUUGCUGUUCGAAAAGAAAUUGUCCAAUUUGAAGGAUUCACAAGACAGCAUUAAUGGCUGUUGUCAUUGGUGUUUGGAGAACAGACAACAUCACAAGAAGAUUGUCAACAUUUGGCUGAAUGUGCUGAAACGGGUGCGGAUCGAGCAGAGACUCACAUUGUUUUAUCUUGCAAAUGACGUUAUACAAUACUCAAAGAGGAAAAACUAUGAUUUCGUCGAGAGCUGGGGCACUGCCCUGCAGAAAGCCACCACCAUGGUCAGAGAUGAAAAGGUUAAAAACAAAAUCCUGAGGAUCUUCAAGAUCUGGGAAGAACGUAGUGUUUAUGGUGAAGAAUUCAUAACUGAUCUCUCCGGCCUCAUUAGUGCAUCUCCAACUAACAAAAAAAUAGAGGAAAUGCAUGAUUUCCAGGCAAAUUAUUUGAUAAAUAAAAUACGGAGCUGUUCAAGGCUGCAAGAUGAUACAGACUCAAAGUUGAAACUCUUCAAGCAGCACAACCCCAAACUUCUUGAUGGUGAAGCACUUGUUUCUUCUCUCAAAGACAGAGCUCAUGUUGAUGAUGUAGAGAAAGAAAUGGAUGAUUAUGUUUCACAUAUGGAAAAAUAUAUAAAUGCAUUAAAGUUGGAAAUUAGAGCUAGAAACAAUCUGGUGAAUCUCCUGUUGAAUGCAGAAACGCAUUUGGAAAAGGAUAGGAAGGAUGUGAAAGUUGUUGCUGUUGCAUACAAAUCAUUUGCAACAAGAGUUAAAAAUUUGAAGAAGAAAUUGGAUGAAAAGAAACUGACAUUGAGCAGCCCAAUUCCAUCUCCAGAUAUAAAUGCUCCUUCUCCAAGCCCAGACUCUGACAUUGACUUACCUGAUAUUGAAAGUGCAAAAAAUACUUUUUCAGAGGAAAUAACUUUCUCAAAUCCAGGAUUUUAUAAUCCGGUGACGACGGUAGCAACAACAGAUGCAAGCAAUUACGCUAACAAUGGUUUUACAAGUUUCAUUGGAUCAAAUUUACCGUUUAAUAUACAAGAUCUGAAUUCGACGACUUUAUUCACAGAUUCCAGACAAUCUAAAAUUUCUACCACCAACAUUAUUACAAACAGUUCUCAGAACAGCGAUAGCAAUUACACGCCGGCAAACUCAUCGUUAUCCAGUUUAUUCACUAACCUGACCCAACCACCCCCGCCCCCCGUUACAGUGCAACAAACCGCAUCCACCUACAAUUAUACUCCCGCCCCUUUGGCUCCGCCGCCAUUGCCUCCUUUUGCGAAAUCAGAUUAUGAUUCUGGCUACGGCGACUUUAGCAUCUCCAAUCAAACUACGUCCAAUUAUGAUAAUUCUUAUAGUCAAAGCACAAGUGCUAACAAUGAUCCAUAUCAGAGUUACAAUUCUUCAUACAGCAAUGAAUAUAACAAUACUGGGGAUAAUUUUAAUCAGACUACGACGACGGAUUCUACUGGUGGCUACAAUUCUUACGAUGCUUAUAAUCCGGAAGAUGAGACCGAGACUUGGGAUGCCGAGGGUCAAUGGGAUCAACCACCGCUGGACACACCAGCCAGUCCGCCUUUGUACGAUAAAGAAUCGUAUGCUCAACCGAUUGAAUACCACGAUGGACAGCAUAUGAUGGGAGCGGUGGAUGUAGACCAUAGGAUUUUAACUGCCGUUCCAAGCGCUAAGGAUAAGAAGAAAGAUGUGGAUCAUAGGAAUUUGAUUUCGUUGAUCGGAUCACCGAAGAGUCAUGGGACAUCGAGCGAAGAUGUUUGGACAGGAACAGGAGAUCAAGACUAUCGUAAACCGAUAGAGACAUGCUUGUCGAGUCCUAUAAAGAGUCCUCGCAAGGUUCAGGACAACGUAGAGUCGAUAGACAUGGACCUGAGCGACGGGGAGGAGGUCGGCACCGAGAAAGGUGGCGAACUGUUACCGCCGCCGCCACCUCCCUUCGCCGACUUCGGAACGUACGAAGAGAUCGAGGACGAUGCAACCGUUGGAGGGCAGAACCGGCACGAACAAGCAGCGGUAGAAAACACGAGUUGGACGGACCAGCAAGAUGCAUUGUUUCGAGGUAGAGGUAAUUCGAGCGGGCAAUACGAACCGCGCGGCGGGGGUGAGUUUAAUGGUCGCGGGUCCGCGCAAUCCUUUCAAACGAUCCGAUCCAGUAAUAUUAACAUUCCGCGUUACAAUGCGCCUCGAGACGAGGAUUAUACCAACGUCGAAUUCAGUCAGUUCAGUAGUCAAGAGGCGAAUGGUAAUGGCACUUUCAAAGGUCGCGGUAGCGGGCGGGUUUCGUCUGCGGUGACGGCCGCUGCUGCUGGUGCUGCUACUUCUGUCACUUAUAGGGGUCAGAUGGCCAAGUUCCGCGGACCUCGAGCAGGUCUGAAUACGUGGACCCGCGGACUGGGCAGUCGGGGUAACAACGGUCGCGGCACCAACGGCUCUUAUCCGCGCCCCGUCAGGCCCCGCGGCUUCCAUCCCAGGGGUGGAUUUCGCGGAGGAGGUAGCAACAUAGCCACGAAUGAGUUUUACUAGCAAUUAGAGAACAUGUAUGUGUUCAACAUACAUUAACACAUACAUUUAAAAAAAAAAAAACAUAACUGAGUUGCCUUUAAGAUUGAUGAAAAAGAAAGUGAACGUUGAAAGUUGUACAUAGUUUUGGAGAAACAGAAACCAUAGAAUAACGAGUUUUAUUCCUUUUCUACGAGUUUUAUUUUUCUUUGGUUUAAUUUCAAGUUUAGUUAGUUGUAAGUAUGUGAUUUCCCCAUUUACUUGUUCAUAAUAAUAAAAAAAGAUAAGAUUUUGUUUAUAUUUAAUCAUAAUUUAGCUUGUAAGAUAAUGUUUAUUCAUUUGUUGAAAUGAUAUAGAGAGAGAGGGAGAGAGAGCUGUAGUACAGUUGUUGGAGAUGAGGAAGAACCAGUAGGGAGGAAACAGAAUAAUGACAAUUACGAGAAAUGACAAACUUUGGGUUCUUUUGUUUUUCUUUCACAUUAUUUUUGUUUGUUUUGUUUUUACAGUUAUUGCAGAUUUUUUUUUAAAAGCUGGAAUUUGUUAUGUAAUUUGCUUCGAAAUAUAUGUAUAUAUAAAGUAAUAGAAACAAACAGAGAGACACACAGUUUAUCCACGAGUACACUAAUAAGCAAUUAGCGAUAAUGCAACCGAGGUGGGGCAAAGCGAUUUGUACACUUGAAAGCAAUAAAUUUUCAUUAACAUUUCA